CUCGCUUCAUGUCGGCAUACCCUUCCAAUCCUGUGGGCUCAGAGCUGCUUAUGACAUGUACGACGAGACGCUGGUUGUACAACAACGACAAACGUACAUUCAACCGUGUGUUUCGCCUCAGCCUUGAUACUGGCAAUGAUGUCGUCGCCCGUAUUCCGUUUCGUAAUGCUGGACCGCGGAGUCUCCUUACACGUAGCGAGGUGGCAACGAUGGACUUUGUUCGGUCCCGCAUUGGUGCACCAGUUCCGAAAGUGCUGGCCUGGGACGCGUCCUCAGAUAAUAAUGUGGGGUGUGAGUACAUAAUCAUGGAAAAAUGUAAGGGUAACAUACUUGCCAAUGUGUCGGACAGUUCCGCCGAUUCUUGCCACAUCUUCGAUAUCGCCAACCUGCUGAGUGGUUUGGGUGGCAUCCCAUUCUCUCAGUACGGAAGCAUAUAUUAUAAGGAAGAUGUUGAUCCGUUGCUUCAAGCAAAGCCCCUUUACGCUGAAGGGCAACAACCUGACGAUUGCUCGGAGCGAUUUCGCAUCGGACCCAGCGUAGAGCGACGCUUUUACCGAGGCGAGCGAGCCCGUUUGCUCAUUGAUCGGGGACCAUGGACGGACGUUCGCUCUUAUAUCAAGGCUGCCGUAGACUGCGAGAUGAAAUGGAUCCAAUCGUAUUCAAACUCCCCAUGCGCCCAAAACCAGCUUGGCGCUCGACACAGCGCUGUUCAACACAUAGUGUUACUCAAAAAGUGGCUCUCCCUAGCCCCGUCGGUUCUUCCGUCACAUGAACACUGCAUCCCUACCCUUUCUCACCCCGACUUGCACGCUGCCAACGUAUUCGUCAACGAUGACGAUUCCAUGUCAGUGGCUGCAAUUAUUGACUGGCAGGGCGCGGCCAUCCGACCAUUAUUUGAAACCGUAAUGCCCGACUUGGUCGACAUCGACACAAAAAAUCUGAAGUACGCCAAGCUCCCAGGAGGUGACCUCCAGCAGCCUGUCUUACCAGACAACUUUGACGAGCUGGGCGCUGCCCAAAAAUCGGAGGCUCACGCGGAGGUCAGGCGAGUGGCAUCAAACCAUCAGUUUCUUAAGCUAGUUCGCCAGCUGCGUCCAGCAUUGUAUGCCGCGCUGCGCCUUCAUCAGAUGGAGGAUAUGCGCCGCGCCAUCUACUAUUCAUCGCACUCUUGGUCAGAUGGCUUGCCCCUUCUUGAACAGUGCUUGCUCUCGCUGACGGUUGGCUAUGGCGAUUACAUCCCUACGAGCAUUAACUACCCAGUCUGUCCAGUGAUAUUUUCUGAAGAGGAUGCUAAGAGGCACGAAAAGGAGUUUAGAGACAUCAUUUAUCCCGAGGAAUGGCUGGAUGUUCACAUCAGAGCCCUGAUGAGGAUAAAAGGUAUUCUUCUGCAUCGGGACGGAUCGGUUGAUGAAGAGGACUUCGAAGAGGCACGGAAGAAAGCAGAUGAGUCCUUCGUAGCAAUUUCCACAGCCAUGGAUGAGGAGCGUGCUGAAAAAUUCCGGCGCCACUGGCCGAUGCGUGAGGCGCGCAACCUUCGGAUGCAGCAAGCAGGUCAGGAAGAAUAUAUGGGCGGUAUCUUGAAAGUGGACUGGACUCCGCUAUCCAAGCACCAUGGAGCCUUCAAGCGCACCUCCGCCAAAGAGAGAAAUCAUUGUGCUGGGCGCAGGUGUAAUCAGUCUUACAACGGCCCUCAAGAUCCAGCUGCAGGGCGUCUACGACGUUACCAUUAUUGCCGAGACCCUCCCAAACGAUCCCAAGUCAAUCAGGUACACCAGUAG